GCGGGCGGUGACGCGAAGCCGUUGCUGGGAUGGAGGAGAGGGAGAGGCUAUGGCGGCAGAUCCGCCUGCUGCAGGGGCUCAUCAACGACCACAAAAACACCCAUGGGGACGCACCGCGGCCACCUCCCUCUGCACCUGUGCGCUGGACCAAUCCUCGUCAGCCUUCCUUCACCAGGAGGGGGACAUUUUCCACCAGGUACCCCCAACAAGCUUCCAGGGAUUUCCAACCCCAGCAGAGUCACUCCUGGAGGAAAAAAUAUUCCCUUGUCAACCAUCCACCAGGAUCAGUGUGUGAUGGUGGAAGCGCCAGCACCUCUCAGGUGUUUGGAAGCUUUGGGAGCAGCCAAGCACCCGAGCUGCCAGGAUCCUCAUCUCCAGAGAGACAUGUGGACUUAACCACGGAUGGCAACAUCGUUGUGGGGAUCCAGCUGCCACAGAGGGCUGGUCCUUUUGUGAAGACAGAAGGUUUUGGUGAUGUGGGCUCUUACUGUGAGUUUUCUGGGCUGCAGACAGUGGUUGGUGCCGCAGUUGACAGUAGAAACAUGCCAAAGUCUCUGUCCAGGAGCCAGCCUGAGGAGAGGAGACCUUCUCUCUCCGUUUCCUUCAGUUCCUCUCACCGCUUCGUGAGCUCGACACACGUGAGCCUGUCGGAGAAGCCUCGGAGGGUGCAGCUGUCUGGCGACAGUUCCCUUGACACCUGCGGAGGCAGCAGUGAAAGCGCCGUCACGCUGAAAUCCGAGCCGCAGCAGCACCCUUUGGUCUUGCCAGCUCAGGAUCCGCCUGCUCGCCACCUGGGCAGGAGAAAGGCAGAGCCUCCAGCCUCUGGUCAGCCCAGCUGUGAGCAGAGCAGGGAUGAUCUCAGAGAACCGAAGCUCUUUGGGAGUGGUGAGAUGGGCUCUAGAGAUCCUCAGGCUGCCAGUUUGGUGGUGGGCAUGACACCAGCCAAGAGCAGGUUUUCUGUAGCCCCCAAAGCCCCCAGUCUCCAAAGAGCUGCCUCAACAUCCCUCUCCAGCAAAUCUCCAAAGUUCAGGAAAACUAAUUACACCUGGGUUGCCAACCCUGGGAAGUGCUCUCGUGCUGUGAAGAGAUGGGCCAGCCCUAGAGCUCUGGAAAGCACAAAGAAGGCUGUUGUUGGAGCUGACAGAGGUGCUAAGGUGUCACCAAAAGCAGAUCUGGGGACAAAGCUGAAGAAAUCAGGGCUGCAGUCCAAAGUGGGUGUUUGUCCCAGCAAAUACAAGUGGAAAGCAUCCAGCCUGCAGACCUCACCCUCCACCUCCAAGUCUGUGUUCAGGUGGAGAUCUGAGGAUCAGAAGAAGCCUCCAACUCCCAGCCUCUCUCGAGCUGGGGCUGCUCUACCGCUUCCCAGUACUGCAGCUGGUGAUCUUGGUGAGCCCAAGUCCUUUGGUGAUGCCACACUCUCCAGUUACAAAGUGAAGAGUCGGACCAAAAUCAUCAAGAGGAAAGGGAACUCAGGUUCCCCGACAGAGAAGAAGAACAUCUCUCCCACCACGUCUCUGAAAGGUCACUUCCACCUCAGGAAGAAAAACUCCUUGAAAGGAAAAACUUCUGCAACACCAAAACGCUCCUCACCCAAGGGCCUGGUGCAGAUCACCAAGCACAGGCUCUGCAGGCUGCCAGCCACCAAGAUGCAGGGCUCCACCAAGGAAGGAGCCAACCUGAACUUCAUCAGGAGCCCCAAGGUGAUAAAGACACGCUACAGGAUAGUGAAGAAGAACGUGGUGUCUCCAGGCUCUUCAUCCUUCAGCAGUCCCAUUCCCAACUGGAAGACGAGGCGCCCCGUGACGCCCAGGUCCCUGCUACUGAACCAAACACGCCCGACACCUCAAGGGGGCAAGUCCCAGCAUGUCCAGCAGAGGUGGAGGAGCAAAGGCUAUUGCUGCAUUGGUGGAGUGAUGUACAGAGUGUCAGCAAACAAACUCUCCAAGACAUCCAGCACCCCUGGUCGGGCCAGAGACCUGAGCACCAAGAGCCCUGGCAGAGCAGCAGGGAGGUCUCACUGCGUGCCCAGUCCUGGUUUCUCUCCAUCCAGCUGCCUGAACAAAUCAGCCACGAGCAGAUACAUCGCCAGCCGUGCGGUGCAGCGCAGCUUGGCCAUCAUCCGCCAAGCCAAGCAGAAGAAGAAGAAGAAGGAGUACUGCAUGUACUACAACCGCUUCGGCAAGUGCAACCGCGGCGACAGCUGCCCCUACAUCCACGAUCCGGAGAAGGUGGCCGUCUGCACCAGGUUUCUCCGUGGCACAUGCAAGAAGACAGAUGGAACCUGUUCAUUUUCCCACAAGGUGUCUAAAGACAAGAUGCCAGUGUGCUCCUACUUCUUGAAGGGCAUCUGCAGCAACAGCAACUGCCCCUACAGCCACGUCUAUGUCUCCAGGAAGGCAGAAGUGUGCCAAGAUUUCCUCAAGGGCUACUGUCCCAUGGGUGAGAAGUGCAAGAAGAAGCACACACUGGUGUGCCCUGACUUUGCCAAGAAAGGUGUCUGCCCCAGAGGUGCCAAGUGCAAGCUGCUGCACCCCCAGAAGAAGCGCCACUUGAGAGAUGAAGAAGAUGGAGACCGCAGUGACCCUCCCUCCAAGUGGAGAAAGGUCUUGGAGGAGACAGGCAGAGAUGAUCCAGCUCAGCUCCAUGAUGAUGGGGAAACAGCUGGACCCUCCAGCACAGAGCCAGAGGUGAAGUUUUGGAAGGCAGCCAACACCUCCCCAACCAGCUGCCUGCGAAAGCUGCCAUCCUUCAUCUCCCUCCAGUCCCCAGCAUCUUCCAGUGACCAGAGCUGCAAACUGGAGAAGGAUGAGGAGGACUUUGAGGAUGAGCCAGGUAGCACCAAAUGGAAGAGGACUUUGCCACCGGCAUCCUCACGGGACUCCGAAAACACCCGUCUGGAAGAGGGCAGCAAAGGCAAACAGCUGCAGAUCAAGCCCCGGCUGUGAGCAAGACCCAACUCCAUGGCAGCCAAACCAGCUCAGGAAGUGCAGAGCCAGGCAUGGACCUGGCACCUACCUCAGGACACCAGAAGCAGACAUGAUACCACGUUCUCAUCUUGUUUUUCUGGGCACAUCAUUUUGUCACGGAGCCAGGUGACAUCGUUGAGGAAGCAUCACCCAUUGCUAUGUGGAAGCAGCCUUGAAAUGUUUUGAUUUGCCAAUAAAUUGUCUUUGCAGCCUGUUUCUUGAAGGCAAGACCUACCACCAGCUUCCUUGGUUGCUUGUGGGGCUGAGAAGAAGAUUCCAUCCCCAUUGAUCCUCCCUCAGAUCGUGGCUGUGCUGCUGUCCUGGACAUGAGGUGACACAGGGACCUGGGGAGCUUAAUGCUGUCACUCAAUGUGCCCACGUUCAGGUCAGCCAGUAUGUUGGUGACAAGCAUGGCUAGUGGUCACAAGCCACCAUGCUGUGAUAUAAUGGGGUGGAAAGCCCCAGCCUGGCUCAGCCCUAAUCUCUCCAUGCUCAGAUCCCACCUGCAUUCAUCCUGCUCCAUCUCCUUGGUCCUGUGAGGAGAUUUCUGGGAGCACAGCCACAUUCCAAGAGCAAACGUGUGCUGGGAGCAGUGCUGAGCUCACACCAGAUGCUCCUGCAGCAUCUUGGGAUGUCCCAUGGCUGGCUGCAUCCUAACUCCCACCUCCCCCGAUCCCAGCAGGGGUUUGGUCUCCCUUGGAAGACACAAAUCAGCUCUUCUGGUUUGUUUUCUUUUUGGAGGUCACUCCAAAUCCAAGCAGGAGCAAAGCACAAAGGGAGCAUUUUAGCAAGUGCUGUUGGCCAUGUGGCUGCUGCCAUGGUGGGGCUGUGCACCCAUGGCUACAGCUUCCAGGGGGAUUUUGGGGUGAUGGAUACUGUUCCCCUACAUGGGUGGGAUUUUGGAGUCAGCUGUAGGAUUUCCUGCCAAGAGCUGGGAGCAGCCGUGUGAGGUGACCAGAUUUGCCCAUCUUCUGCUCCUCCAUCCCAAGUCCUGCAGAGGAAGGACAUUAGCAGGGCCAUGGGUGAACGUUGGAGCACCUGGAAAACCCAGUAACCAGCAGCAUUCAGUGGUGAGGUGGGUGAUGGAACCACCACGGUGGUGUGGGCUCAGAUGUGCCAUGACCGUGGUGAGGUUUCACUCCCUGGCGAAGGCCCCCGCGGGGGUUUUUCCUUGCCUGGGUGAGCACCCAUGGGUGCACACACCCCAUAUGGAGGGGUCUUGAGAUCACUCCACGUGGAUAUUCUCCCCAUCCCAGCUUGUGGUGAAGCCUUGGGUGACCUGAGUGACCAAAGCUACAAUGUCCUCAAUGCUUGUCACCUCCCCAGUCUCCUGUUUAAGGAUGUUGCUCAACUGGAAGAAGGGAGCUUUAGUGCCACUUGGAGACCGGUGUGAGGUGGCUGUGUCCCCGCAGCCAUUGCAGGGACCACUCCUACCCCAGUGCGUGUAAAAAGCCAGGUUUUGGAUAAUCCCUUGGUUGUCUCCGUUGCUCUUCAGUGUCUUUUAUUAACCCUUUGUGUUUUGGUUUGUAAAUAAAAAGGUUCUGCCCCAGGA